AUGGCUCCUCGCGGCGGCGGCGGCGGCAGUCAGAUCCAGUCAGCGGAGGAUUUCUCCAGCCCUUACUACCUUCAUCCAAGUGAUAAUCCCGGCCUUCAAUUGGUACCUCAGCCACUCAUCGGUUCCAAUUACAUCAAUUGGAGCCGAUCUAUGUCUACGGUUCUCUUAGCUAAGAAUAAGUUGUUAUUUGUCAAUGGUGUUUUGUUGAAGCCUACUGAUGAUGAUCUCCUAUAUUCCGCUUGGAUCCGAUGCAAUAGUAUGGUUGUUUCCUGGAUUAGGAACUCUCUAUCGCCUCAGAUAUGUUCUAGCAUCAUGUAUCUCGAGGAUGCGAAGGAAAUCUGGUCAGAUCUACGCGAUCGAUUUUCACAAUGUGAUUCUGCUCGCAUUUAUCAGCUAAGGCAGAGAAUCAUGUCUCUGACUCAGAGAGAUGAUGAUAUCAACAAUUACUUCUGUUAA